AUGCGGUCCGGAGACCUCCUCCUUAAGUGCACCUCCCAGGCUGACUGCGAGAAAAUUCUGAGUACACAUGACAUGUUGGGAACAAAGAUUGCAGCUUCAUACCACAAGACCUUGAACACGUCCCGAGGCGUCAUUGCUGUACAAGAACUUAUCGAUGUUCCUGAGGAGGAAAUCUUUACCAACCUGAAGGAACAAGGUGUUACAAAUGUCAGGAAGGUGAAAAUCAGAAAAAACAAUGAAUACAUCAUCACAAGGAAUGUAGUACUGACCUUCGAUAAGCCCACAAUACCACAAACGCUUAAGGUGGGAUACCUAUCCGCAGAAGUGAGACCAUACAUCCCAAAUCCGUUGCGCUGCUUUCGGUGCAACAGGUUUGGCUAUGGUGCUGAUGCGUGCAGAGGGUCGCCCUGCUGCGCUCGAUGUGGCCAGACUACCCACGAAGCUAAGGAAUGUAAAGAGACAGAACAGUGUGUCAACUGCUCAGGAGAGCAUUCAGCCUAUUCGAGGUCAUGUGCAAAAUGGAAAAUGGAAAAAGAUAUACUACAUAUUAAGGUGGUGUCACCCCCGUCGUCUUCCAUGGAGGUAACCUCUAUGGAUUGUGACGACGACUCGAGCUCGGAGCGCUCAUUCGUGAGCACCGGCUCAACUACACGGAAACACCUGGAAGGUGGGCUAUCGAGGAUAUCUCAGACAAAGAAUUACCAGAUGCCCGCAAGAAGCCACCUCGCAAACGGAUAA